UUCCUCUCCGCGCCGCACCGCGUCACUGUGACGUACAAGUGUGUCCACGUGAGCGGAAGUGCGUUAGUGGUCCGUGUGACCAGACGACUACAGAUCUCACGAUGGCUUCCAGGCUUCUCAUGCGGAGACUUUGUUCUGUGUCAGUGAGAGGUUUCUGUCGUCUGCCUGUCACCGUCUCGUCCUCUUCAUCAUACUCUUCCUCUCUGACCUCAUCUCCUGCAGUACAGCCAUUCCUGACACGCUCGCUCCCGCCUCCUCUCCCGCUCAGCAGACACGUGUCAUUUAAUGUCCAGGAUCAGGAAGACUUCACUGACAGAGUCAUUAACAGUGAGCUGCCGGUGCUCGUAGAUUUCCAUGCACAGUGGUGUGGUCCCUGUAAGAUUUUAGGACCGCGGUUGGAAAAGGCCAUUGCUAAACAGAAGGGUCGAGUCACUAUGGCUAAAGUUGACAUUGAUGAACACACAGAUCUUGCUAUUGAAUACGGGGUGUCGGCUGUUCCCACGGUCAUAGCGAUGCGGGGUGGUGAUGUCAUCGACCAGUUUGUAGGCAUCAAAGAUGAAGACCAGCUGGAUUCUUUUGUAGAGAAACUGAUUGGACAGUGAUGCUGUCAGUCACUGCUCCUCUCUUGACCACACCCAUCUCAGACUGUACACAAACUCACUUUCAUUCAAUAUUUUACACAUACACACACACCUGUGACCAGAAUGUCUUCAUUUCUCCUGCUUUACGUGUGUCAUGAUAAACAGUGUGUGUGUGUGUUUAUUUACUUCAGUUGAUCUGUCUGUCUGUAGGGUUUGAAGCAGUGCACAGAGUUUACUAUGGUAUUACUAUGGUAUGGUACAGAGUUUACUUUACUGUAUUAAAGUGUACUUGGACAUCCUGUCACUGCUUUGAAAGCAUGAAUGAUCAUUGAGCUGGUAACCGUCUAUACUAAUGCAAUUCCUCGUCUGUCCACACGAGGGUCUUCCUCUAACACUGAACACCAUAAACAUUUAAACCCAAAAUAAUACAAAGUCAAACUCUGUUAUUAGAAGCAUUUAGUUUGCACUGUGACACAUUUUUAUGACAAUAAAAUAUUUAUGUAUCAUGUUAGUAUCAUUACAGAGAGGCUUUAUUUUCUUGAAAUAGAGUUGAAUGUUUUGAUUUUGGGAUGAGAUGUUUUCUUCAUGAGGUGUGUCUGUUCGUUUACACCUGAAUGUCCACUAAUGUGAACGUGUUUGGUUUCGGAUCUGACUGUGAAUUUCGAGCAGGAUGCAUGAAAACGGUGAUGGAUUUGUUUAGAUUUUAUCCCAUAUAAUCUCUUAUAUGUCCAACUUGUGUCAAAUGAUGAAUAAAAUAUGAUAUAUAUAUUUAA